AGGGAGGGGUAUUGGAGGGCAAAGGCUUGAAGUCAAAGUCAAGAGAUAGAACAGAUAAGAGAUAGAUCUGAGGGAGAUAGAUCUGUGGAAAUAAAGAAGGAAACUGGGGAGAUAAUUAAGGGGGCAGUGGAUCUGGAGAGAGUGUCCAGGACAAGAGCCCUCUACUGUGGGCAGUAUGGAGCAGGAGAGUGGCUGAUUGGAGGACCCCAAAACAACUGUGAGUCAUGUCUGCACCAGGCCCUGGGCCCAGGAGUUCAGGCCAGCCAGGAGUCUCACAGGCCCCAGGACCAGUGGGGCUACAGACGCUGCUGGACCUGCUGGUGGGGGUAUACCAGGAGUUCCGCUCCUCGGCCGUGGCCAGGGAAAAAUACGUCUCCGGUUUCCUGCAGUGGGCUGAGCCACUGGUGAGACAGGUGAAGAAGAAUCGUAUUCAGAGGGAUGACUUUGACAUCUUGAAAGUGAUUGGCCGAGGAACGUUCAGUGAGGUCGCCGUGGCAAGAAUGCGCAGCACACAGCAGGUCUAUGCGCUGAAGAUAAUGAAUAAAUGGGACAUGCUCAAGCGUGGAGACACAGCAUGCUUUCAGGAGGAGAGGGAAGUUCUGCUGAAGGGAGAUCGCCGUUGGAUCACUGAGCUGCACUAUGCCUUCCAGGAUGAUAAUUAUCUGUACCUGGUUAUGGACUACUAUGUGGGUGGUGACCUCUUGACCUUGCUCAGCAAGUUUGGCGAUCGGAUCCCAGAAGACAUGGCUCAGUUCUAUCUGGCAGAGAUGGUAAUGGCCAUUGACUCUAUUCAUAGACUCGGCUAUGUGCACAGAGACAUUAAGCCCGAUAACAUUCUCCUGAAUGCUGAGGGUCACAUCCGAUUGGGCGACUUUGGCUCCUGUCUACGGCUGAAGGAGGACGGCAUGGUCCAUUCUUCGCUGGCCGUGGGCACUCCUGACUAUCUGUCUCCAGAGAUCCUGCGGGCCGUGGAGGGAGGGGGUGCAUAUGGCACAGAGUGUGACUGGUGGGCGUUGGGCAUCUGUGCCUAUGAGAUGCUUCUGGGAACCACGCCUUUUUAUGCAGAGACCAUCUCUGAGACCUAUGCAAAAAUCAUCCACUUCCAGGAUUAUUUUGAGUUUCCACCAGGAGCACCGGAAAUUUCCCCAGAAGCACGGUCCCUCAUAACGCAACUAGUCUGUGAGAAAAAAGAGCGUUUGGGGGCGAGAGGCUCAGCUGAUUUCAGGAGUCAUCCUUUCUUUUUCGGGUUAGACUGGGGCUCCCUGCAUGAACUUCCACCCCCUUUUCAACCAGAGGUCUCGAAUCCCACGGACACCUCCAACUUUGAUGUGCUGGAUGACUCUCUGAGUGAAAUGGAGACACUGUGUGAUGUAAUGGACAGGGCACCAGUGGGUGUUCACCUGGCUUUUGUUGGAUACUCCUACACAGCCACCAGAGAGACUGGAGCCCUAGACCGUAGCACCAACAUAAUGAUGGAAAUUGACAAGCUGCAGGCUGGAGAGUAUAAGAGAAUUCACAUGCAAGAGAAACUGACUCAGAUGUGGCAGCUCAGAGAUUCUCUUCCUGACGAACUGCCUUCCCUGUUGGAGCUUCCUCUAGCGCUGGGACAAAGUACUGCAGAACCUGAGCACACGAGAGCCGAGACGACACACCACAUAGCAGAGAAUGAGGAUGUGUACAGGCGACUUCAGGAGGCGGAGAGGAGAAAUAAAGAGCUGGAGAGAGAGGUGGAGAGACUGCGAGCAGAGAUCAAGAGUCUGAAGACUCAAAGGGAGACAGAGCUGAAUGCCCACCCUUCGCCUUUCUCUCUGCCUGCCCACUGUCUGGACCCCCUGGGGGAUAGCUCAACAUUGCCCCCUGCUUGUCAUUACCCUCUAGUGAUGCCCCUGCUCAGACAUCUACUGCUCUUCCACAGGGUACGAUGGCCCCAGGUAAGGUGUGAAUCAUACCUGCUGGUGUGUGCAGAGGGGGGUGAGCUCCAGAUGUGGGAGCGUCACUGCAGUGCUGAACUCUCCUGAAAUCCAGCGUCCACGGAGACUCCCUCUGUCAGACGCUCUCUACACUCCCACGGCCUGCAGCAAAGACUUGGAGUGUUUGGUUCACCUGAAGACAAACGGACAGUCUUGGCCAAUGUGUGUGUG